AUGAGGACACCGCUCAAGCGACCCCCCACACGGACUCUGCGGUCAUUCAGCGAAAUACAACCUUUCUACCUUCUCAGGCGGGGCGGAUCUCACUGUGCGAAUGCCCCUGGGAUGGCCCCACCCCGCCCCGCCCCGCCCCCGCCCUUCUGGAACCUGCUUUCCUCGGGGAGGGGGGAGACCCAGGCGGGACCGACCCCCUACGUGCACCCUCAGUGUCACCCUGGGUCUCCUUUCCUCUCCUCGCAAGAUCAUUUGUUUGCAACAGACGCCCUGAAACAACUGCUUUUUCUGUUCUUUUUUUUUCUUUUUUUUAAAAAACGCCUCUUCACGAGGUUCAGGGUCUGA